AAAGAUUCAUUGUGACAGAGCAGAUAACUGUUCCAGGCACCCAAGGCUGAAUACGUGCUCGCGGUUGGUAUACUCAAUUGAACCUGUACCAUUAAUUCUCUCCCUAGGUGAGAUUCCUGGCUGUGGCCUAUGGGCCUCUGAGGAGGCAUUGUAAGUCUGCCCAGCUUCCCACUCACUGUGUCAGCACUCAAUGGGAAGGGAACCAAGGUACCAGGCCAAGUGGGUCCAGACAUUGACACAGAUUCUGAGUGGGCAGGCCAGGCUUUGUCCAGCCACCAGCCACAGCCUCCAGACAGUACAAGGAUGGAAGUCAAAGGUCAGCUGAUCAGCUCCCCUUCCUUCAAUGCCCCAGCUGCCCUGUUUGGAGAGGCUGCCCCCCAGGUGAAGUCAGAGCGUCUUCGAGGGCUGCUUGACCGCCAGCGGGCCCUGCAAGAGGCUCUGAGCCUGAAGCUUCAAGAGCUCAGAAAAGUCUGUCUGCAGGAGGCGGAGCUAACUGGCCAGCUGCCCCCUGAGUGCCCACUGGAGCCUGGUGAACGUCCUCAGUUGGUACGCCGGAGGCCCCCUGCAGCACGUGCCUACCCUCCACCACACCCGAACCCAGUACACCACUCCUUGUGUCCUGCUGAGGAGCUGGCUCUUGAGGCCCUGGAGCGUGAGGUGUCUGUGCAGCAGCAGAUUGUAGCUGCUGCCCGCCGCCUGGCCCUGGCCCCUGACCUUACUGGAGAGCAGAGGCGGCGGCGGCGCCAAGUGCAGGUGGAUGCCCUGUGGAGGCUGCACGAGCUGGAAGAGCAGCUCAGGGACUUCCCCCGCCUUGGCCUCCCGGUGCUGCCACUCUCUGCAGGAGCAUUAGUCAAUGCCCAGGGUGUCUGCAUGGGCACACGCCUUGCUCAGUUCAGUCAAGAGGAUGUAGUUCUGCAUUCGGAGAGCAGCUCCCUCUCAGAGUCAGGGGCCAGCCAUGAUAAUGAGGACCCUCAUAGCUGCUACUCUCUAACUGAGCGCCCCUCACCACCAAAGGCCUGGGACCAGUUUCGGGCAGUAUCCGGAGGGAGCCCUGAGCGGCGAGCCCCAUGGAAACCUCCCCCUUCAGAUAUUUAUGGGGACCUGAAGAGCCGGCGCAACUCUGUGGCCAGCCCCACCAGCCCCACCCGCUCGCUGCCCAGGAGUGCCUCCAGUUUUGAGGGGCGAAGUGUGCCUGCCACCCCUGUCCUCACCCGGGGCACUGGCCCCCGGCUUUGCAAACCAGAAGGCCUCCAUUCUCGCCAGUGGUCGGGUAGUCAGGACUCACAGAUGGGCUUUCCUCGGCCUGACCCUGCUUCAGAUCGGGCCUCCCUCUUCACAGCUCGCACCCGCCGCAGCAAUAGCUCUGAGGCCCUGCUGGUGGACCGGGCAGCUGCUGGGGGAGCAGGAUCUCCACCUGCCCCCCUGGCUCCCCCUGCUGCUGGUCCCCCAGUCUGCAAGAGCAGUGAGGUGCUGUAUGAGCGCCCCCAACCAGUCCCUGCCUUCUCCUCCCGCACCGCUGGUCCCCCAGACCCUCCUCGGGCUGCCCGACCUAGCUCAGCUGCCCCUGCAUCCCGUGGACCCCCCCGACUCCCACCUGUGUGUGGAGACUUCCUCUUGGACUAUUCAUUGGACCGGGGCUUGCCCCGUGGUGCUGGUGGGGCAGGUUGGGGGGAUUUGCUGCCUGCUCCUGAAGUCCCAGGACCCCUUUCCCGCAGAGAUGGGCUCCUUGCCAUGCUCCCUGGUCCUCCACCCAUAUAUGCAGCUGAUGGCAGCAGCCCCCUUCUCCGCAGCAAAGACCCCAACACCCGUGCCAUUCGUUCCAGGCCCUGUGGCCUGCCCCCAGAAGCUGUGGAGGGUCUGGAAGUGCAUCCAAACCCAUUACUCUGGAUGCCGCCACCCACCCGGCUACCUCCAGCUGGUGAGCGAGGCGGCCAUAAGAACCUUGCCCUGGAGGGGCUCCGGGACUGGUACAUCCGGAAUUCAGGACUGGCCAUGGGGCCCCAGCGCCGACCUGUGCUUCCACAUGUGGGCCCAACACACGCACCCUUCCUCCAUGCCCGCUGCUAUGAAGUGGGCCAGGCACUAUAUGGUCCUCCCAGCCAGGCACCGCUCCCGCACUCGAGGAGUUUCACAGCACCCCCUGUCUCCGGCAGAUACUACACGGACUUCCUGUAUCCCCCGGAGCUGAGCGCUCGUUUAAGUGACCUGACGCUAGAGGGGGAACAGUCUUCCAGUUCUGAUCCCCAGACCCCAGGGACAUUGGUCUGACCCUUCCUGAUAAGCCUCUUGUUGGUCUGGACAUAGUCCAGUCUGGGGAACAUACAGUCAACCUCGCUGAGCCCUGGGAUGUGGUUGCUCUUGGUUCUGAGGGACAACUGCUUGAUCUCACAGGACCCCUGGCUUCUUUGGGGCCCAGAAGGAUGUCUGAUACUCCUGCAUCUCUUCUCAUCCUGUGCUGGGGGACUGGAGGGCCCCAGCUAGCUUCAAAGAGGGGGAUGAUGGUUUGGGGACUAUGCCCCUUCCUCCAUUUCUGUUUACAGUUGUGAUUUAGUAUUCACUGUCUUUGCCCAACACUAGGUAUUUUAUAAAAGGGAAGCUGUGAGCUCAGUCCUGGUUGGGUUCAUUCCUGUCCCUAUGCCCAGCCUGUUCCAUUUAGGAGCCACCACCCCACCUCAACAAAAUGGACCAUAUAGAGUCUCGGGGGUUAAGAGACCGCUAUGAAGAGAACUCCCUGCCUUCUCCCACUAGAGUUCUUGGACAGAUGGGCUCCUGUCCACAUUUGGAAGGACGGAAGUCUAGGUGGGGUGAACUCCCUGCCUCCUCCCACUAGAGUUCUUGGACAGAUGGGCUCCUGUCCACAUUUGGAAGGACGGAAGUCUAGGUGGGGUGCCUGAAGGAGCUGUUGUCUCCGUCUCUCCCCGUGGCCUCUGUGCUGACCUUCCCCGGUCAGGAGGUUAUACAAGAGUGUGUCAAGAAGCAGAGCCAUUUGAGUAUGUCCCAUCCUGGGAUGCUGCAGUGGUUAAACCUGGCAACUGGUCGAUGCCAGCAAAACCCUCAGGUGACAUCUGGCCAUGGGCCACAGGCCACAUCAUGUCCUCCUUGACAUUCCUCUAUUUACCACUUUUUAAACAAAUCCACAUAAGCUGUGUUUUCUAUAUUGUGUGUGACUUUCUGGAACUGGGGGUUCCCCUACCCCCUUUACCUGGUGUUAAAUUUUCUUUUUGUAUCAAUGGAUCUGGGCCCAAGACACUACUCACACUGGAAGGGGAUUUCUAUAAUAAAUGUAUAAACUGAA